GCUCGCCACACCUUAGCAGCUGCUGCUAUGUUUUAAGAUCAAAAGUGGUGAUUCAAGAUGACUUAAAACAAAAGAUAACAGCUCACAUUUGGAACAAAUCAGAUCGAAGGUCUUUUCUGUGAAAGCUGCGUGUCCCAUCACACGGUCAUCAUGACUGUGCCAACAACAGAUUAUAUUUAUGCCUACGCCCUGUCCAAGACCCUAACAAAGGUUUCAUCACCUGCAACUGUGGGGCUCUACUCUUCGUGUCUGGAUCGAAUAAAUAUGAUUCUCAAACAACUGGAAGAUAACAUGGAUCGGGAGGCUUUAAAGAUUGAGCAAGAAUAUGAUGGAAGAAGGAAGCCCCGAUCUAUUUCUUCAUGUACUGGCUUCUUUGCUCUCAUUUUUCGGCUGCUCUUCUUCAGACCUGUUUGGACAAAGGAAAACCAGCAUCAAGGGAACAUUAGAUUCAUUUACGUGCACUUUAGUGCCUGGCAUUUUGCCGGCAGUGACCUGCUGUGGGCUGGGAUAGCCAUACAGCUGUUUCAAGCCAUGCAGAUGAGCUUUGGGAAAUUGAAAAUUGCACUCUAUCGGGUGGUUCAGCAUGAUGAAGAUGAGGAAAUUAAGGAAAAGAUUGUUGAAGAUGACGUUUCAAAUGACUGGAAUUCAAAGAAGAUCUGCUGCUGCCCCCUGUGGUGUCUCAUCUUGUUCAUUCUCCUGGUCUUGGUCAUCUUACUGGUCCUCUUGUUUAUUAAAGGUUUUCCUAAAUCUGAAGACACACCACCCAAUGGGGAAGCUAAAGGAGAUGGAAUGAGUGUUGUAGAAGGUCUGUUCAUUGCCACAUUAGGAGUCCCUGCAGCAAGUGCACUGAAGUUUAUCUUUCAGUUGUGUAAGAACCUGAUCAUCUGUCAGGAUCUGAACAUUAAAAGGGGGAUGGACAAUGAGCAGAUCAGCAGCCAACUGGGCUUCAUGAACAUCGUUAGGAAGGAAGUGUGGUUUUUAUCUCGCUUCAUCCAGUUCAUGGAGGUGUUUGAGAGGAGGAGGAUUCGUGUCAUGCUGAAAAUUACCAAUCUGGACCGAUGCUCCCCGAAGAAAAUCGUUGCAGUUCUUGAAGCUAUCGACAUACUGCUUUCAGAUCAGGAGAGCCCGUUUAUUUCCAUUCUGGCAGUGAAUUCGUCUGUUCUUUUAGAGAAAGUCAAGUUUGCAGAUGGCUGUUUCUGCAAAGAGGACAGAGCCCAUAUGCUGCUGAAUCGCAUAGUCACUCUGCCUUUCACAAUCCCACCGCUGAACAAAGACGUAAAGCGCAAUUUAUUUUACAGCAUCAUUAGCAAUUCGAAAUUCCCACAAAGAAACAUGAGACUCUUAUCAGAUGUGCCUUUAGUGAAAAUUGCAUCGAGAUCAAAUGAGCCAAAUCCACUGAUCAAUAAAAAUACAGCAGCACUGGAUGUAGAGGAGGAGGAAUUAGAAGGUUCAGUCGGCAGCAUCCUGAAGAGCAGUGAAAGGACACUAACGGAGUACAUGUUAGAUGAUGCCAUCUCUAUGAGGAGGGUAAUCAACUCUAUUUGGGUGUCUACAAUAAUCAUGAAGACCUUGAACAUAGAGUUUCCUAAACAAGAGGAUAUUGCAGCAUGGGUGGUCUUAGCCAAUCAGUGGCCCUGUAGACUCAGCUGGAUCAUCCAGUGUGUGGAGGACACCAAUCAGAGAGCAGCCAUCGAUGGAAGGAAUGCAUGCACUGAUCAUUCAAAGACCUUAUGGGAGGUCUUUAAUGAGUCCAGGGAGGAGCUGUAUGUCAUGAGUGCCCAAAUUGAGGACCUUCUUGAGCAGGAUGGAGAUCCUGAGGUGUUUGAAAAACUACUCAAGGAUGAUGACUUUAAAUUCACCAUAAACAACUUGGAGACAUUUGAAGUGGUGAUGGUGAAUCUGGAUCAGUCGAUUAGGAAGGAGCUGGCUCUGAUCAGAGGCACAUUCAGGCUGAAAGACUGCGGUUUGAUGAGGAACCUGGCUCCUCUGCCAGUCACAGCUAUCAUCAAAAUGAGCACAGCUGAUAUAUGUCAGGAGAUGGAGCGGAUGAAUUUUGACAUUAAGUAUAUCGAAAUUGUGAAAGACAAUAAGCUCAAUGGUUCAACACUGAUUUUUAGUGAUGCAGAUGACCUCAAAGCACUCCUGGACAUGACUUUUGGUGAAUGGGCCAUUUUCCGACUGCACUUUUUGAGUUCAAUCUCAUAUAUCCAACCACAACACAACGACAGACUGCCAGCAGUUACUCAGUCGCCGAAAUUCCUUCAUGUCCCCCAUUAUUACUCAUCCACUACCAAUCUGGCUCACAGCUGCAUAUAGAAGCUCCAUCUGCAAGGAAUCUCAUUUUGGCUGAUGCAUUAACACAGAUGGUUCUGAUGUUCUUCAAAUCGAACACUAUGAUCACUUUAGUUAUUGUGUUUUUUUACGGAAAGUAGUAAAAAGCGCAAACCAGCUUUUGUUCAAGUUUUACUUUUUUUUUUUUUUACUAAUUUAGCCAAAAUAAAGGCAUGUUAAAUAUUUGUAGAGGUUUUCUAAAAGAAAAAAAAAUUGUUUCCUUCUGCUUUUGAUGCUUAUUUAUUAAAUGUUUUCUCAUUUUUUUUGUCCACUUCACAUUUUCUGCAGACCUUUGUUGCAACUCAUGGCUGCGUGCUUUCUAACCUGCUCCUAUCCUGAGCUGCUGCACACUACAUUAAGUGCUGAAAUACAGUACAUGCUCUUUAUUGUCCAGUUUACAAAGCUUUUUUCAAUCUUCUGGUUCAGUAAUAUAUAUUUUUGAUACAGAAACAAAACAUCUAGAUUGGGACAAGAUAGGGUUACUUACAAGCUGAAUUAAACUGAACACAAAGUUAUGUGACACAAAGUGCAGUGAGCAUCAGAUUUUGUAAAAUAUUUGUCAUAUUACCCAUAAGUAAAGAUAUUUAAACCUUUCCAAGUGUGGUGCAGUAUUCCAUGAAAGUCCGGUCAUUUUCCUGAUUGCUUAGUGGGAGUAUUUCAACAAGUCCAUUUGAAAGGCAGAUGGCAACAAAUGGUAGAAUAUCUUUUAGCUGUUUCAGUGCCUUGUGGCUUUUAGAAGAGCUUCAGAUAGACGAAAGAACAUAGCUACCAGCUACUGCCCAUCAUUUAAAGAAUGUCACAGUAUUAUAUCAAAGUGGUAAAUUUACAAGAUCCAUUUAAUCCAUCAUUUACCAUGCGGUUGUGACUGUUUUGUCAUGGUUUUAUCUAGCAUGUGAUGAUAAGGCCUUAAAUUUUAAAAGCCAUAAAGAGUACUUAAUAUUAUCUAAAUAUGCUGGAUUGUUUUUCAAAAGUAGAUACUAUCUUCUUCAAAUUGCUCCUCUUUGUACAAAACUUUGACUGAGCCUCAUUUGAUCUACUGUAAUGUCAUAUGGUGUAACACAUUCCCCAGUCAUUUGCGAAACUAGAAAAUCUACAAAAGAAAAUAUUGUGAGUCCUGUCUUGGUCCAGAUUUAGUGCCCCCCACUUGCCCUCUCUUCCAUUGUUUUAGUCUUCUUCGACUUACAGAGCUUAACAUAUUUCAAAACGCAUGCAUGAUGUUCCAAACUGUUAAUAAAAUGAAUAUCAGGCUGGCAGAGCUCAUUUCAAUUUGGAGCCCUUGCCACACUCAUGACACUAGGAAGAAAUAUCCUAUUAGUGAUAAAAGAAGACGAUGCAUGAGGACUAAUCAGAGUAUUGUACGUGGGCAGAUUUGAAUUUCAAAGUGUUAAAAUCCAUCUCCAUUUUUAAAAAAAUGUUAAAGACUAAAUUGAUCAGUUCAUAUAUACUUUAAUAAUUAUGGUCCUAGAUUUGUUUGAUAUAGGAGUUUUGUGUUUUUGUAUUUAAUAUAUGUUGUAAGGUGGUAUGAGGAAGUUGCAACAUGUCAUGCUUUUUUUCUUUAACAUUACAUAUUUGUGUCCCUCUUUUUGUUUGUAUGUACUCCAUCUAAAAGGCUUGUGUUAGCUUCUCAGGGAGAUUUGAUUCACACAACUUAUAUCUAAAUUUCUAUUUAAAGGUGAAUGUUUGUUAACAUGGGAGUGUGUGUGAUAUCUGUGAAUUUGAUAGGAAGUAGGUGUGCUGGUGCUAUAUCAAGCUGAACUUCGUCACCAGGUUCACAAAAAACUACUUUAUGACUUUAUAAAGUAUAUGAACUGAAAUUCACCAACAUGUGAACAGGAAUACUUUAUUGAUCACCCAUUAUGAAGCUUAGUACUAAAUAUGAGGUGCAGUAAACUGUAAUUCUCCACUUCAUGCAAUAAAAUGCAAACUGACA